AUGAAUGAAAAUGAAUUUAAUGAAUUUGAUAUAAGUAAUGUUAAUGAUUUAUCCGAUGAAGAAUUACAAGAAGCUUUUGCUGCUGGACUUAUCAAACCUGGAUUAAAUAUUCCAUGCGAGGAAAAAGAAUUAAAAAAUAAUAUCAGUGGUUUAAAAUCAAAAUUAAAAGAAUUUAAAUUAAAUUUAAAUUGGAUAGAAACAUUAGAUGUGGUCAGUACUCCAGCUCCAAUGCCUCCUGAGGCUUAUGAUGAGGUGACAAAAGAUCAAAAAAUUCCAAAGCUAAAAAAUUAUUAUAAAUUUAAUGGAGCAUUUCAGAGUAAAGAUUUUACAAAUGAUUUCAAAAGAGAAAUGUUAUUUCAUAGACAAGCUCAAUCUGCAAUUUUGGAAGGAUUACCCAGAUUAAAAUCAUCAGGAAUAUUAACCAAAAGACCUGAUGAUUAUUUUGCAGAAAUGGUUAAAUCAGAUCAACACAUGCACAAAGUUCGAUUAAAUUUACAAUCGAGACAAACAGUCAUAGCUCAAAGCGAAAGAGCUAAAGAAUUACGUAGAUUAAAAAAAGUAGGAAAGAAAGCCCAAAUUGAAACAAAAUUAAAACAAGCAGAAGAAAAAAGAAAAUUAAUGAAUGAUGUUAAAAAAUACAGAAAAGGAUUAACUAAAGAUUUAAGCUUUUUAGAUGGGAAAGAUAAUAAUAAAUCAAAUUCCGCUAAAAAUAAAACCAAGUUGAGUGCAAAAUCGAAGAAGAAGAGAGCUGCUAAAGAUGAAAAAUUUGGAUUUGGAGGUAGGAAAAAAGGUUCGAAAAGAAAUACUAAAGAAAGUUCUGCAUACAUUGGGAAAAUGUCUAAAAAAGGUAAAAAAACAGGUUUUAAAACAAAUAAAAGGUUAGGAAAAAGUAAAAGAAUAAAAAAAAAAUCAAGAAAGUAA